AUGGCUCAUAAUAUGUCCCUCGAUCAAAAAGAUAUUGUUAGAGGAGCUUCUGAAGAUUCGAUGGAUGUUAAAUCGCCAUCACCUGAACGGGAAGCUAGCACAUCUGGAGAAAAUUCAGGUCAGCGAAAGAGAAAGGGUGGCCGAAAACCAAUCUAUGCAACAUCAGAGGAGCGUAAACAAAGAAAUCGUCAAGCACAGGCUGCUUUUCGUGAACGUCGUACAGAGUACAUCAAGCACCUAGAGGACGCCAUUAGGAACCAUGAAACCAACUUUCACUGUCUCCAAGCUACUCACCGGAACACCUGUGAUGAAUUUCUACUACUAAAAUACAAAAACUCGCUUCUGGAAAGAAUAUUGUUGGAGAAAGGAAUAGAUGUUCAAACAGAGUUGAGAUCCAGUGCAGGAAAUUUGGAUUUGACAUCAUCAUUCGGGACGCCAGUCUUGUCACAAAUACCAUCAGCGCAGCGAGCUAUCACCAAUCGAAACUAUCAAACUCAGCGACGAAUGAAUCGAUUCAACUCCAAAAUUGCAAAUAAACUUGAGCCUGGUGCUCCUUACCAACUUCCGAGAUAUAAACAGACACCGCACUCACCCGGAUUUAUAACGCACAGGCUGGUAACCCCACCGGCCACAGAUUCCUCGUUAAACUAUCGGCAGCAACAAUUUCAAAGCUGUCAGCCGCAAACACCCCACGCUCUCGAAAAGGAUAUUAGUCUGAUGGGAGCCAACGAUAUAAUGGGGUUCCCAUAUUCAUCCAAAGAUCAACCCAGGAAAUCGUCUCAUGCUCACUGGGCUAACCACAUGAAUAUAGAACAAAAUUACACGGUCCACUCAAGUACAGUCGAUCACCCAGAUUCAUCCAAACCUCAAUCGAGCACUUACCAUGAGGAUACACAAUCAACACACGUCCAGCGAUAUGAUCACCAACAGAGUGUUAGCUCAAAUCAAAUCCAACUUGAACCACAAGUACAGGGAUUUAGGCCGCAGAGUCAAAACUCGGAUGUGCAAGUAAGCGAGAAUGCUCAGUCAUACAACUACAUAGGACAAGGAAUAGACCAGUUCGAUACGUUAUCCGGAAUGAAUCGCUACAAUUAA